AGUUGUUGUCGCCAUCAGCGCCGCUCGGCCGUGCUGGAGGUGGAUCGGACUGACUAAUUGCGCUGGUGGCCUGUGAAUGCGCCGAGACAAACACCGUCAUCAGACCGUUAGGUCAUUAUUUCAUGCUCUGCUCGCUGACUUUGAUGGUGAAAUACAGAAGUGGCGUCAGGAGUGUGAGAGCCUGCGCAUCGGUGUGCGUCCGUGCAUGCGUGCGUGUGUUGUCUGUGAGCAGUUCUUGUUUCACACACCGACAGUGGGAGUAUGAGGAAGUAGGGUUUGAAUGCUGCUCCGGACGCCGUACCCAGCAGGUCGCUGGCUGCUGUUGGCUCGGACGGGCCUGCUGAGCGAUGGCUGCGGUGUGAGGAGGUCAAUCUGUGGACUUUAGCGACACACACGCACAAACGCCCCGUGGACGGCGGACGCCCGAGGGGGGGGGGAGAGCCACAGCAACCAUGGCGAAGUAUCACUGGCAGAGUCAGAAUGUGAAACAAAGUGGAGUGGACGACAUGGUCCUGUUGUCCAAGAUCACAGAGGACGCCAUUGUGGACAACCUCAAGAAAAGAUACAUGGACGACUACAUCUUUACUUACAUCGGGCCUGUGCUGAUAUCAGUCAACCCCUUCAAACAGAUGCCCUAUUUUACUGACAGAGAAAUCGAGCUGUAUCAAGGAGCCGCACAAUAUGAGAAUCCACCUCACAUUUAUGCCCUAACUGAUAACAUGUACAGGAACAUGAUGAUUGACGGAGAGAACCAGUGUGUCAUCAUCAGUGGUGAAAGUGGUGCAGGAAAGACAGUGGCUGCCAAAUACAUAAUGGGUUACAUUUCCAAAGUAUCUGGAGGAGGAUCGAAAGUGCAGCACGUGAAAGACAUCAUCCUUCAGUCAAACCCUUUGCUGGAAGCCUUUGGGAACGCAAAGACCGUCCGCAACAACAACUCUAGUCGCUUCGGGAAAUACUUUGAAAUCCAGUUCAGCAGAGGAGGCGAACCAGACGGUGGAAAGAUUUCGAACUUCCUCCUGGAGAAGUCGAGGGUGGUGAGCCAGAACGAGAACGAGAGGAACUUCCACAUCUACUAUCAGGUAAUAGAAGGUGCCAGUGAUCAGCAGAAGCAGGACCUCGGCAUCAUGACCCCAGACUACUACAACUACCUCAACCAGUCUGGGACCUACAAGGUGGAUGGGACCAAUGAUAGCAAAGACUACCAAGAGACCAUGGAGGCCAUGCAGGUGAUCGGGAUCCCAGGUGACAUCCAGAAUCAGGUGCUGCAGAUUGUCGCCGGAAUCCUCCAUUUGGGAAACAUCAGCUUCGUCGAGGCAGGAAACUACGGGCAGGUGGAGAGCACGGACUUGCUCGCCUUCCCUGCCUACCUGCUGGGCAUUGCUCCCGAACGCCUGCAGGAGAAGCUCACCAGCAGGAAGAUGGACUCCAAGUGGGGAGGGAAGUCUGAGACCAUCGAUGUGACCCUGAACCAGGAGCAGGCCACCUACACGCGGGACGCCCUGGCCAAAGCCCUCUACGCACGUCUGUUCGACUACCUGGUGGAGGCCAUAAACAAAGCCAUCCAAAAACCACACGAAGAAUUCAGCAUUGGAGUACUUGACAUUUACGGCUUUGAGAUAUUCCAGAGAAAUGGAUUUGAGCAGUUCUGCAUCAACUUUGUCAACGAGAAACUGCAACAGAUCUUCAUUGAACUCACUCUGAAAGCUGAGCAGGAAGAGUAUGUUCAGGAGGGCAUCAAGUGGACACCCAUCGAAUACUUCAACAACAAAGUUGUGUGUGACCUCAUUGAGAAUAAAUUGAACCCUCCCGGGGUGAUGAGCGUGCUGGACGACGUGUGUGCCACCAUGCACGCCAAAGGCGAGGGCGCGGACAGCACUCUGCUGCAGAAGCUGCAGGCCGCCGUGGGAACGCACGAACACUUCAACAGCUGGAACUCCGGCUUCGUCAUACACCACUAUGCCGGCAAGGUGUCGUACGACAUCAGCGGUUUCUGUGAGAGAAACCGAGACGUGCUUUUCCCCGACCUCAUUGAGCUCAUGCAAAGCAGCAGUUUUAACUUCAUCCGUAGUUUGUUCCCCGAGAACCUCAACACAGAUAAGAAAAGCAGGCCGACCACAGCUGGCUCCAAGAUCAAGAAACAAGCAAACGAUCUGGUGAACACCCUGAUGAAGUGCACGCCUCACUACAUCCGCUGCAUCAAACCCAACGAGACAAAAAGACCGAAAGACUGGGAGGAAAGCAGGGCUAGGCAUCAGGUUGAAUACCUGGGACUGCGGGAAAACAUCCGCGUAAGAAGAGCUGGGUUUGCGUAUCGCAGGCUUUUCAGCAAAUUUCUUCAGAGAUACGCCAUCCUGACAGCAGAAACAUGGCCUUGCUGGAGGGGUCCCGAGCAGCAGGGCGUCCUCCACCUCCUACGAUCCGUCAACAUGGAUAACGACCAGUACCAGAUGGGACGCACCAAAGUGUUCGUCAAGAACCCUGAAUCGCUGUUUCUGCUUGAGGAGAUGAGGGAAAGAAAGUUUGACACUUUCGCAAGGAUCAUCCAGAAAGCGUGGAGAAGAUACAUCGCAAGAAAGAAGUAUGAGCAGAUGAGAGAGGAAGCCUCAGACAUACUGUACAACUCCAAGGAGCGCAGGAAGAACAGCAUCAACAGGAACUUCGUGGGCGACUACCUCGGCCUGGAGCAGCGGCCGGAGCUGCGGCAGUUUCUGGCCAAGAGGGAGCGCGUCGACUUUGCUGAUUCAGUCAACAAGUUUGAUCGCAGGUUCAAGUCUAUAAAGAGAGAUCUGAUCCUGACCCCGAAGGGCAUCUAUCUGAUUGGUCGUGAGAAGGUGAAGAAGGGGCCUGAGAAAGGACAGAUAAAGGAGGUGCUGAAGCGAAAAAUGGAGUUCAUGAGCAUCACUGGAGUCUCUCUCAGUACGAGACAGGAUGAUUUCUUCAUCUUGCAUGAGGCCCAGUACGACAGUCUGCUGGAGUCCAACUUCAAGACAGAGUUUCUCAGCCUGCUUUCUAAACGCUAUGAAGAGGUUACAAAGAAAAAACUCUCCAUCUGCUUUAAUGACAGACUGGAGUUUAGAGUGAAGAAGGAGGGCUGGGGUGGAGGUGGAACCAGAGUGGUGGUGUUUCAACCGGGGCAAGGAGACCUGGCCCAGUUCAAACCUGGAGGAAAGACCCUCACUAUCACAAUAGGGGGAGGUCUCCCCAAAUCCUCCAAGCCGACCAGGAAGAGUGCACCACAGUCCUAUGGUGGAGGCAGAAACCAUGUCGCUAACAGAGGGCACCAGAACGGAGGAGCCCAGUUUUCCAGGGGGCCUAACAACCAACAGUCAGACAUGAUGUAUUCCUCUCCACACAAACAAGGCCGGCCGCCUAGCGCAGCUUUGCCCAAACUGGGUUCACAGAAAGCCCCCCGAGUCCCAGCCCACAACCAGUACAACCAGGGGAACAUGGACUUCCUCAAUGUGCCGGACCAGGGCAUGUCAGGGAAGCAGAGGAAGAGAAGCAUCAGUCAACGACCUCCUCCUGCUCCCAAAUCCCAGCCUCGACCUCAGGGGCCUCGUUGCCGGGCAUUGUACCAAUAUGUCGGACAGGACACGGAUGAGAUUAGCUUCGAGGUCAAUGAUGUGUUUGACCUUGUCAGAGAAGAUCCAUCAGGCUGGUGGACGGGUAGGAUUCGAGGGCGGGAGGGUCUCUUCCCUGGUAACUAUGUGGAAAAGAUCUGAUCAGGACUUCGAGAGAUGUCCCUAAGGCUGCUGUGACUCUUAGAAGCAUCUCAUUUGUUGAAAGCUGCCUACACUGUGUGCUAAAGGACGCUGCCUGUGAAUUGUUCAUGGUUGCCUAGAUCUUCAUGCAUAUUAGAAACAGAGCUGUUUCACUGACAUUUGACAUGAAUCACAGGAAUCAUCUUCAUGUUAAACGUCAGACCCACUGUAAAGAACUCCACUGUCGCGUCUGAUGAUGUCCUCAACUUGUCUGUUGAAUGGUUUUGCCCUGACGCCAGCGCUUUUCUUUAGUCUGUGUCUUCACAGAAAAUGACUCAUCUUUACAUUUGUAGCCUUAACAGAAAAGUGGCCUAAAAUACUGCAUUUCUGUUUAGUGUCUGAACAGUGGAAGCUUUAUCCAUAAACUGCUGUUGAUUAAGUCAAGCACAAUAAGUAAAAACAGAGCCACAGACUUUGAAUGAACUCGCUUCAAAUGAAUCCAAAACCUUUAAUCUCUUGUAUGUUUUUAUAUUUUUUGUAUAUGUGGACAGUCUGCUCAUUAUCCUCUCAUAUAUUCACUUACUGUUUUACUUCAAUUACAAAACCAAAUUGUCAUGUUUUUACCUCCAUUACGUUUGCACUGGACUAGAUUGUUUUGUCGAUAAUAUAUAUCGAAUUUAAUAGUUUUAUUGAUAACAAAACAGAAGGUGAGGGAACAAUUUAAGAAAAUGUCUGUUUUUUGCCAGUUUUUUUAUUUGCUGUCAAUUUUUGUAAAAUAUCACUGAUCAAUAUCUGUUUUUUGUAUAUUAAUAAACCAGUUUGACCUCU